CAGUUGCUUUCGAAUUGUCCGCCAAAUUGGAUGCUCCACGUGUCCGUAAUUUUCGAUCCACCCACGGGAGCAGGCGAAACAACAACAAGAGCGCAGAAACUGUCCAAAAAAUAUAGCUACCAACAUACCUUGUGGCAUUCGCUGAAGUUUCUGUUCAGGACGAAAAGAUCCUCGCAAAAAGUGCGGAAAAGUGAAGAAAAUCGAAGGGGAAAACCCAAAGCGAACUCUUAAUUGUCUGGAGGAGGAUCAGAACUGCCACCCAAAUGGGGCAGAGCAGCAAGUCCGGAAGUGCCGGAGGCGGAGGCGCAGCUGGAGGCGGAGGCGGAGGAGGCGUGGUCUGCCCCUCUACGGCGAUCAGUGGCUGUGCCUCCGGAACGGCGCUCAUCCAACUGGACGCCACUGGGCCAGGAGCCGGCGGAGCUGGGGAGUCGGAACAUGAGCGCGGCACCUGGACGGGUCGCUUCGAUUUCCUGCUCUCGCUGCUCGGAUACUCAGUGGGCCUGGGCAACGUGUGGCGGUUUCCCUACCUGUGCUACAACAACGGAGGAGGCGCCUUCCUUAUCCCCUUCACCAUCAUGCUGGUCAUCGCCGGACUGCCGCUGAUGUUCAUGGAGCUCUCCUUUGGACAGUACGCCGCCCUGGGUCCCGUGGCCGUUUACCGCAGGUUCUGCCCACUGUUCCGGGGCCUGGGAACCGGCAUGAUCCUGGUGUCCGCUAUAGUGAUGCUGUACUACAACCUGAUCAUCGCCUGGACCAUCUUCUACAUGUUCGCCUCGUUUGCGCCGGUGCUGCCGUGGCAGAAUUGCGAGCCCGCCUGGAGCACAAAGUAUUGCUUCUCCUACGCCCAGGCGGACCAGUGCGAGGCCACCAAUGGCACUUACUACCUCCGCACCUGCCACAAUUCCACCUCCGCGGCGGAGAACAACAUCACCGCCCUGGCACUUGGAGCUCUGAAGCGCCCACCAGCCGAGGAGUACUUCAACAACUUUGUGCUCGGACUGUCCAAGGGCAUCGAGGAGACGGGCAGCAUCAAGAUGUCACUGGCCGCCUGCCUGUUUCUGGCGUGGACGAUAGUGUUCCUUUGCCUGUGCAAGGGCGUCCAGUCCUCCGGCAAGGUGGUCUACUUCACGGCCCUCUUUCCCUACGUCGUCUUGGUGAUACUCUUCGUCCGGGGAGUCACGCUGCCCGGUGCAAGCACGGGCAUUAUCUUCUACCUGACGCCCGACUGGAAGCAGCUGGCCAACGCACAGGUCUGGGGCGAUGCUGCAGUCCAGAUAUUCUUCGCAUUGAGCCCGGCCUGGGGCGGCUUAAUCACGCUCUCGUCCUACAACAAGUUCUCCAACAACUGCUACAAGGACUCGCUGAUCGUGGCCUUCUGCAACAUAGCCACCUCCUUCUUCGCCGGCCUGGUGAUCUUCUCCAUCAUUGGAUUCCUCGCCCACGAGCUGAACGUCGAUGUGGAGAAGGUGGUGGACCAGGGCGCGGGUCUGGCCUUCAUUGUCUAUCCGGAGGUGGUCACCCGGCUGCCCGUGUCGCCCGUUUGGGCCGUUCUGUUCUUCGUGAUGCUGCUGACCCUGGGACUGGACUCCCAGUUCGCCCUGAUGGAGACGGUGACCACGGCGAUUCUGGACAGGUUCCCCAACCUGAGGCAGUACAAGAUCUGGGUGGUCCUGUCGGUGGCCAUUUUCGGCUACAUCGGCGGUCUCGGCUUCACCACCAAUAGCGGCAUGUACUGGCUGCAGCUGAUGGACAAGUAUGCGGCCAACUGGUCCGUGUUGCUGAUUGCCAUUUCGGAGUGCAUCCUAAUUGCCUGGAUCUAUGGCUCUCAGCGGUUCCUCAACGACAUUCAGGGCAUGAUUGGCAAGCGAUCCUGGUUCUGGAACUUUUUCUGGGGCAUCAUGUGGCGUUACAUCACGCCAGCCACCCUCUUGUUCAUAUUGUUCUUCAACUGGGUGGAGUACAAGCCGGCCAAGUAUGGCCACUAUGUCUACCCCAUGUGGGCGGAUGCAGUGGGCUGGAUCGUGGGACUGCUGCCCGUGCUGGUCAUUUUUCUGGUGGCCUUCCAGGAGAUCUGGCGGGCGCCCAAGAGCCUCAGCUUCAGGGACCGCAUCAAGCACCUGCUGCAGCCCACCGCCGAGUGGGGACCAGCGGGCAGACCCUGUGUCAACCUGCACGCCGAGCGGUACCAGAGCCAGAACUACGACGGCGUGACCAACACCAAGAUCCUCAUCGAGGAGGAGGCCUCGCCCAAGAAGGCGGCGCACAAGAAGGCCAAGCCACUGACCCUGGACGUGGACGUGGAUGUCGAGUGCCUGCCCCUGGCGACUGUGGGCAAGCGACCAGGUGCUCCAAAGUCAAUGAGCAAGCAAGGCAGCAGCGGCAACCUGCAGACGAAUGCCAAGAAUGGCACCCACAAGUCGCCCACCACCGAAAUUAGCCCCAGCAAGCAGCCCCUGAUUUCGGCCGAAAAGGACAAUAAGCCGGCCACCACAAAGGUCCUGGCCACCGGAACGCAGAGCAGCGGACGUGAGUGCACCACCAUGUCCACCUUCGCGGGGGGCGGGGAGAAGAAGCCAACCAAAGUCAAUUCGGCCACAGUCGGCACAACUGUUGCAGCUACGCUGGCCAGCAGCAACACCACGACGUCAGCAACUGUUGCUGCUGCCACCAAAUCACCGCCUCCAGCUGGUGUUGCACCUUCCACUUUAGUCGGCGUUGCUGCCACAGGAGCAACAGUUGCUGCUGCGGCAAAUGGCAAAGCCAGCAUGGCUGCUGGCAAAACCACACUUAAAACGACAAUAUCAUCAGGUGCUGCAACUGUAACUGCUACUGCUGCUGGUGGCAACAAAGCAGCAAGUGUGGCAACUGCAACAGCAACAGUCGCUGCUGGCAAAACGCCUGCUGCAGCAAUGGCUUUGAAUGUAGCUGCUUCGGUUAAAGUGUCUCAAACGGAUAAAACAGCUCCACUUAAGACCACAAUAACGGCCAGUGUUGCUGCUGCUUCAGGUGGCACAAAAGCAUCGCCAGCACCUGGUGUUGCAACUGCCACAGUGGUCAGUGUUUCGCCAGGAGCAACAGUGGCGGCUGGUGCCUCAAAAGCAGCCGCUCCACUCAAAGCUACGGCUGCACCAUCAGCCGUUGGUGCUGCAGCUGCGGUGAAUGCAACACAGGUCGCAAAAAUCACACCAGUUGCCGCUCCAUCGGCAGUUGUUGCUGCUGCACCGCAGGCCAAGUCCACAUCCACAUCAGCAUCGGUGGCAAAGAAAAAUACCAACGCUGGCAGCAAGCCAACGGCUGCUAUGUCCACUUUCAAGUCGGAUGUCCCAGCUGCAGCAGCAAGUGUUGGUGCGACGAACGGAAAGGUCACGCCGAGUGGAGGAGCCACUGCAAUGGAACAGCCAACAGGAAACCAAAAAGCGACAGCGGCAGCAACACAAAAGUCGCAAGCGGCAACUGCAACAGCAACGCCUACAAAAACUGCCUUGAAUCAAAAGCCCAUUGCCCCUUCAGCGGCAAGUGGCAAGGUGGCCACCACAGGUGGUCCAGUCGAUGUGUCCAGCAGCCGGAGCACGGAUAAUCCCCCGGCUGCAAAGGGCGCGGCCAGCAGCAGCGUGUCGGCCAAGUCCGCGAAAGCAGGCAGGACACAGGCAAACGAAACCAGCCCCACGAAGCCAGCAGGAAAGCCCAUUAAGGCCGGCUCCACCAGCCCCACAAAAGCGGUGGCCAAGCCAGGAGCAACUGCAGCCAAGACGGCAGCGACAUCUGCUGCAACAGCGACUCCUGCGGGCAGCAGCAACAGCAGCAGCAAGAAGGCGGCCUCUUCGACAGCUGCAACAUUGGGCAGCCAGGCGAAGACGAAAGGCAAUGCAUCCGGAGCGGGAGCUAAGAAGUAAUAGCCAGGGCGUAGCAGGUAGGAUCUGUGUGCCGAGGUCAAGGAACACGGUCGAACGCAAACGUUGUUGUUCCCAAUAUCGAAAACUAUUUUUAUAAGUAUAUAUAUAUAAACGUGUAUGUGUGUAUCUACGAGCUAAGCAACCCACUUAACUGUACAUGUAAAGAGUUUAACUAGGCGAUUAUGCUAAAGUCGACUACUUAUAGACACCUCAUUUGGAUCGGCAGAGAUGGGCGGAGAUUGGCAGAGAGCGCGGGAGGAUCGAACCUUCAUGUUUCCUAUGCGAAAGUACCUAUUUAUCAGUCAUCACGGUGGGAUGGAUAGCUGUUCCUUAGUACCUAAUUUCAGAUCGAUAGCGAUUUCAGAUGGUGGCGGAAAGACUCGAUUGUAAUAACCGAACGUAACGAAGUUAACGUAGGCUUUAGGUCAGGUGUGUUUGUCCUGGUGUUUGUUUUAGUUUCGUGUGUAUAUCCCCUGGCUGCCCCCCGUUGGGCGCCAGUUAAUUUGAGAGCAAUGUUGAAAGUGCAAUGGAAAUCGUUGAGUUUUAAAAUAUAUAUAAAUUUAUAUACAAAUAUACAAAGGUUACAACUAAUCAAUUUACACAAAUGAGAGAUCGUUUGAUUGGUUUUUUACUACAAAUAUUCUUAAGACUACUUUGGAGGGCGGAACUUAGGAGGGCGGAGGUAUUUUUCCGUUUUAUAAGUGUGUGCAUUUGUUUAUAGAGCAGAAUACAUCACCCGGAAGGCGAGAUCCCUAAUCUGUAAAUGUGAAUGUAAAUGUAAGUGUAAGUGUAUCUAUGUGCUCACUGUACUUUAUGUUUUCUGUGCUAACGAGAGACUCAUGUACCUAAAUGUUAAUCAAGUUGCAUCAAAUCCCUAUUUGUGUGCAUUUGUAUAGUUAAGGCAAAUAUUUAGAAAUGUUUUAUGUGCGUGGAGUAGACGGAAACUAAGCCAAAUACGAAAAAUGCUCACAGAAAAACGGAAAAACAAUAAUUACACGUACAUUUCUAGAAUUUAUAUAACCAUUGUUGUGUAUUCAUGUUGAAAAUAAUUAUAUAUACAUAUAAAAAUAUAUUCAAAUAUACAAGAAUAGAAACUAAUAUAAUACUCGUAGAUAUUUGUAUGUGUUUGUACCUGUAGCUAGUUGGGAUAUUUAAAGCACCAGAUACUCAGAAACGAUUCAAUCUGAAGAAAGCGUGCUUUGCUUCUCACCUUAUUUUGAUAUUACAUUAUUACAAGUGUAGAGGCAUUCGAUUGAGAACCCCAACUUUAUUCAGUCCCUGAAAAUGUGUGAUAAAUUAUUUGCUCCGGCUCGAAGUAAUUUUCAAUUUGUGUCAAACAUAUUUAGCCGUAAGUGAAAACAUUGGAAACAGGAAUAUAUAAUUAAACGCGAAUUGAAAUUGUUGUAACUUGAGUUCGUUGUUGUUGUUUGUUUAGCGCAGUAGCUGUGACACCUGCCUACAUACAUACAUAUGUACCUAGACCCUAGAAACUAAAUUCAGUCAUAUAACCAUAUUUGCACACAGGAAGUCAGCCGCCUUGAAAUUGAGAUACCUGGAAUUAUGGAAAUACCUUUAUUUAAACCAAUCAAGUAGUCGAAUUGCCAUUCAUUUAACCUACCAGAAAGUUUCUCAGUUUCACGGCGACUAAUUUGUUGAGUGAACGCAUAUGGAGUAUGGAAAUAAGCCAUCGAUGUUGCAUGUUUGUUAGUUGAACUGGAUGUGUACCUGUAAAAUGAAACCGGCAACGUAGUCUAAGCGGAAUUAUCAAGUAAAUAUAGAUAAGAAAUUAUGUACCGGCUGUUCGAAAGAUAUAAACAUAAAUAUUAGCACAUGUAAUGCCGCAAUUUGCUCAAACUUAACUUAGGUCGCAAGUGAAUACACAGAAACAUAAACUGUCAAUUCAGACAAGGUAUUUAUAGUUUUAAAGUAAAACAAAUUACCCAAUCGGCACUUAAAGUAGCGAAGUAAGCGGAGUUUACUUUAAACAUUGAACAGAGGAGCUUCAAAUUUUAUAUGAACCUUUGAGAUGCCAACGGAUUAAGUACUAUAAUCGUGUUUAAAUAAAACUCGAAGAGCUAGGCAAGUAAUCAAAUUGCAACUCAUAUCCCUGUAAACCGAAUAAAAACCGAACCGAAAUAAGACCCAUCAACCGGAAAACCCACCAGUUACAUGAUCAACAAUAAUAACAAACUAAUAAAUGUAAGCCGAAAAUCUAUUCGAUGUAUGCAGUUCAAGCGAUUACAUAGUUAAGAGUAAAUAAAGUCAGGAUUGAAAAAACACAUUCACAUUAUUCUUUUAAAGUUCUGUUAAUUCAAAAUCAAAACUAAGCAGAGUUAUGUAAUCAGAAAAGUUAUUUUGAGGCGGAAUUGAAUGUCUGCGCAGAAAAUCAAAAGUAACAGCCCAUUUCCCUGUGCCGAUUUGAAAAACAGAAUCCGUGGGCUAACUACACACAAUAUCUUACUAAAAUAGAUGUAUAACAUUUUGCUGUUCUGGUAAUCAAAAAUAUAUGUUAUAUCAAAUUAAAAGUGUAAGCAAAUAUGACACGUACGAGUAUUCCACAGAUGCCAAUAACUAAACGAGUAAUCAUAACAAACUAUGGUAAAAUGUAACAUUAAGCCAGGAAAAACAAUAUUCAUGAAUAAAUAUUUAUGGGUUUUAACAGUCAGUCGAAUAUUUCAUUUCAUUUCAUUUUAUUUCUCAAAAAAGGUGUGGAGGGAAACAAGGAUGAUAAAACUCGCGGAUUUAAAACCGGAUUCGAGCACCGAAGGACAAUCCCACCAUUCCUCACUCUGCCUUCUCCUCAUGCAUAAUCGGAAUUAACUACAAACUCAUUAAUCCGGCCAAAUAGAGGGGCACAUUUUCUACUUUUCUAUACUCAAUAAAAACUCUGUACUCGAUAUACUCGAUGGUCGUGUGCUCGCCAGGAAUGCGCGACUCAACGCAGAACGCCAUGGACGCACUUCCAGACACGCUGUCUGAAUUUCACUUCAAGUUAGAGUCGUUUACCCGUUCGGAACCGGUUCGAGCUAGUUCUAGUAGAGAUAUAUUUAGCGGCGACGCGCUGCCUGCGUGGUGCAGAACGUAAGACGUGCGACUACAAAACUCAACUGUCCGGGCUCAAAACCACUUUUGACAACUUUUUUUUAUUAAAUAGCCUAUUUUCAGUGUUUAUAUUUCUUACAAUUUGUAAUGUGCCGUACACGGAAUAGAGACGAACUGUGAAAAUUCAUUAAAAGAAAACCAUCUCAAAUUGAUUUUCCAUGUACACUUAGUCUCAGCAAACAGAACCUUCAUUUUAUAAAAAUAAACCAGUUGAUGAACAAUAUCAACGCUACAAUGAUGCUGAAAAAUUCCAUUAUUAUAUUUGUACUGGCUGCUCUUCUGGACAAGUCUGCUGCAAAACGAUUCGAGGGAUACAAAUGGUGCACGGCGGUCAGAGACGGAGCUUGUGUAAAUUAAACACUACAUAAAUAUUAAAUAAAAUAUGUCCCUGUUUUAAGCACCUCAUAACUAA